AUGUACAACAACAACAUGCAAGGUGGCUACUACCCCCCUCAAAACGGAGGUUAUCCAGCUGCUGGCCCUAUGGGCGGCUCAGCUCUUGACAACCGUCGUGCGCGUGUUCACGAAAAGCAUGGUGCAUGCGGUCCUUGCUGUGCUUUCUGUGUCGGUCUCCUUGCUUGUUGGUGUCUGGAAGACAUCAUCUGUGCCGGCUGCCUUGACUUUAUCUUCUAA